AUGGUAGUGUUGGGUUUUGGACAAAUCGGUCUCAACGAAUAUGAAGAUUGCUCUGAAGCAUCGAUGGACUCGCACGACACUCUCGUACUCUAUGGGGCACAGGAAGAAUGUCCGCUGCGUGGUCAGUACUCAUCGUUAAAUUGCCAUCAUCCAGUGCUUUUUUUCGGAUGCCAGAAACCGUAUGAGAUUCAACUCUUUAGCGAAUGUCAUUCGACACUGAAAGACUCCGAUGCGUAUUCAUGCGUCACUCAUUUCCGAAACGCUGAUGACCACUAUAUGGUAGUGAGGGAUGAACUGUCCACGCAGUUGCAGUGCUUGAAAUUCCACGUUUCGAGUGCUGUUUCGCUGAAGAUAUUUGAUCACGUCUCAUGCGAUCCUUUCUCAACAACUGCGGCAUUACCUUCUUCAGUAAUUAACAUUUCAGUAACAGGUUAG